CUGCUUCCGAGGGCCGCUGUGGCGCCGAGUCGCUCUCUGGGGUCCUUGGCCGCCGCUGGGAACCGGCGGCCACCUUCUCCAGCUCGCAGCAUGCUGUUGGCUUUGGGCGGCCGGUGGGCAGCGGGCCUCUGGCCGGGCCGGGCGAGGACGACGUGGUGUGUGGCCGCCGCGCUCCGAGGUUCCGGGAUCGCUUUCUGGCGUGCGGCCUCGCGCGCCGAGCCAGCGCGGCUGCGGAGCGGCGGGCAUCCACCGCCGGCCGAGUCUUGCGGGCCACCGGGGCGAGCGCAGCAGAUACCUGUUUGUUGGGGACAGCGUGUCCGCUGCUUACAUACAAAAGUUGAUCAACCAGAAGAUGGCAGGCUGAUUUAUACUGGAAAUCUGGCCCGAACGAUAUUUGGUGUGAAAUGUUUCUCUUACUCUACAAGUGUGGUCAGCCUUGCAUUCUUGCCGUACCUUCUCUCACAAAGUAAUAUGAUUUUUGGAAGUCUGCCUUUGCAAGUCUUAUUUUACGGCGUCAUGGGAAGCUUCACGGUGAUCACUCCCACGCUGCUUCACUUUCUUACAAAAGGCUAUGUCAUUCGGUUGUACCAUGAAGCCACAAGUGACACUUACAGAGCCAUCACUUACAAUGUUAUGCUUUCGGAAACCAGCACAGUGUUUCACCAAGACGACGUGACAGUUCCAGAGAGCGCACAUAUAUUCACCAGCUUUUAUGCUAAGACAAAAUCACUAUUAGUUAAUCCAGCACUCUUUUUAAACCCUGAAGACUAUAACCAUCUAAUGGGUUAUGACAAACCGUUCACUUUUGAUAUGGAAGAAGUCAAUGAAAAGAAACUGCAUGAGGGUGAAAAAUGAACCUGUUCUUGGUUUGUGCUUAAAUGUCAUGUAUUUUCAGGGUAUAAUAAGAUUGCCUUCAUUUUGUUAUUGUUAGUGAAUGAUUAUAGAAACAAAACAAAACAAACAAAAAGGUGUAAGGGCUGAGGACACGGCAACUGGCACUGUGUUUGCUGAUGUGAGGCCCUAGGAUUGGCCUUCAUAGAACCAGGAUGCUUUUGUACACUUAGAAUCCCAGCGCAUGGGAGAGUGAGGUGGGAAGAUCAGAAAUCUGUGGUCAUUCUUGGUAAUGUAGGUUUGAGGUUAGCCUGGACCUUGUCUUAAAAACAGAAGUGGAAACUAUCAAGCAGAAUUUCUGAAAAAUUUUUAUGUGACAAUGUUCCUAUGUAAAAAAAUAUGUUUAAUUAAGAAUAAGUAGUUUUUAGCUGGACAUGGUGGCACACACCUUUAAUCAUAGCACUC